AAUAGCUUUAAUGGGUGGUGAUUGAUCAGUUUUAAUUCUACAAUUUUGUGUCGAUGCGUGCAUUCAGUUUACAAAAAUAUGUAAAAAUGGAACAUAUUGAUGGUAAAUUAUGAAACAGUAUCUAUUGAUCGAGAAAAAACGUAACAAGAAAUUAGUACGAUAGUACGGGGAUCCUAACCUUAUUAAAAAUGAAGUCAGGUACUACGGACAAACAUAGAGGCUCUACGCUUUUAAAAGCGGAAGAAAACGAACAAGUCUUCCAAUUGAUAGGAAAUCGGUGCCAGUGUUUAGCAGCUGGAAUUAUUCAAUUAUAUUUAACUGAACCACCUUCACACAAAGAAUGGAUAAAAAAGACUACAGGUAUUAUAACAUUGAUAAGAGAUAAUCCUAGGCGUAGUUUUUUCCUUCGUUUAUAUUGCUUACAAAGGAAAGCAAUGCUUUGGGAGCAUGAAGUUUAUAAUGCAAUGGAUUACAAAGCACCAUUGACUUAUUUCCAUACAUUUGAAGCAGAAGAUUGUAUGGCUGCUUUUAAUUUUGCAAGUGAAACAGAUGCUGUUACAUUAAGAAACAUUCUUCUUGGUAAGCUUGAUGCCAAACGUCAAAGAAAACAGCAAAGACGGUCUAAGGUAGAAGGAGAAACUCAACAUGGUGCGACAUUACCAUGGAGAAAUCAAAGCAAUACAUCACCUAUUGCAUUUAGUACAGGGUCAACUUCUAAUUUAUUAAACGGAACUCCAACUACAGUUGGUGUUAAUAGGAGUGCUUCUAGUAGUUCUAUGUAUAAAAGUAAAAAGAAAAAACGAGACAAAAUCAAGAAAAAAUUGACUAAAGAUGAUAUUGGUCCUCCAUCCAAUUUUAGACAUGUUACACAUUUUGAAUGGAAUGCCAAUAGUAAAGAAUUAGAAUUAGAAAAACUUGAUCCACAUUUAAAAAUCUUUCUUGAUAAAGUUGGAGUAUCAGAGCAUCAAUUCAGAAAUCAAGACACACGUGAUUUUAUUUAUGAUUUUAUUGAAAAAAAUGGUGGUAUGAAUGCCAUUAGAGAAGAUAUAUCUUCAUCUAUUCCAAAAACUAAUGUACACCAGCUACAACAAUCGCAGCAAUUACAACCUCCAAUAGCUCCUCAAAGACAAGAAUAUCCUCCACCAGUUCCUGCAAGGACUAUACCUCAUCAAACUCGAAGUGCUCCACCACUACCUCCAAAUCGAUUUAAUGCACCUUCGACACCACCAAGUGCACCACCUAGUGCACCACCAGUUCAUAGAACAUUGCCUUCUCGACCACCACCACCUUCUUUAACUUCUGCUCCAUCACUUCCACCACCUCCACCUCCACCACCUCCUCCACCACCUCCUCCACCUGCUCCAGUUCCACGCUCUAGAAAUAAUUUGGCUACACCUGUACCACCGCCACCACCAUUACCUAAUUUACUAAGUACUGAUGAUGGCACUGUCAAUACAAGUGCUACCAAUAAUAAUAAUACUAGUAAUAACAAUAAUAAUGAAGAUAUUGCUGAUUUGAGGUCAACACUCAUGGAAUCUAUAAGGAGUGGCACAACACUUAGAAAAAUUGAUAAGUCUGAAAUAAAACAAAAUCCUCCUCCUGGGGAUUCUAGAAAUGCUUUGUUAGAGCAAAUUCGUCAGGGAAUUGAGCUAAGGCCUGUCUCGAAUGAAGUAAAAAGUAAAGUGACACCAAUAUUUCAAGGAGGAUUAGCUAGUGCUUUAUCAAGGGCUCUUGCUGAGCGAUCAAGUGCAAUCCAUAGUGAAAGUGAUGAUUCAACUAGUGAAACCAGUGAUGAUGAUGAAUGGGAUGAUUAACUUAGAUGGAGUAUACAAUUCGAGGAAUAAAAUAAUGUAUCACUGUGAUAAAUCUGCUAUCAAUAAACACAUAAACAGAUUAGUUACUAUAAAUGUAUAAUGUAACAAUUCUGAAUUUGAUAUCCAAAGAAGAAUGAAAAUCAUAUGUAAAUGUUCCAAAAAAAGGAAAUCAUUUAAAUGUGUUAUCAGAAAGUAAGGCACAAUUACAUGGAUAGGGCAGGUAUCGAACCCACGGAGGUGAGAUGAAAACCAAGAAAAUUUUUUUAUGGGAAUGUAUGAAGCACAAGAUAGAAUUUUACGCCACUAUGGAGAAAUCCUAGUCACACAGAAAUGAGAAACAAGAAUAUGUUAAUUAUUAGUUAUUGUAUUUUAUUAUAUUCUAUGCAAUAUUAUUGUAACGUAAAUACUGUUCGACGUCCGAACUUCUCGUUCGAUUGACUAAAAAUCACAGUUGCAGGAUUUUUACCUCGAUUAGUGUCGAAUCUAAGAAGAUGAGUGGGUAAUGAAGGAAAGGAGAGCUAUAACUGUGUUUGUUAACUAGAAUAGAGAGAAAGUAGCGAGAAAUGUUGAAACAAAAGACUUGUUACGGAUGAUAAGUUAAUAAGAUUGUAUGGAGAAUGAGAGAACUACAAAAUUUUACU